AUGGGUUCACGUAAAUGGUACGAACGUUGGUCGUUCACCGCUGUUGUGGAGGGAGAGGUGCGCCUGGUCAAUGGAGGGAACAGCUCGUGCUCUGGGCGAGUGGAGAUCUUCCAUGAGGGGCAGUGGGGCACAGUGUGUGAUGAUUUCUGGAGCUUGCAGGAUGCCCAGGUGGUGUGCAGACAGCUGGGCUGUGGCAGGGUGCUCUCUGCUCCUACAGAAGCUAAUUUUGGAGAGGGCACUGGCCCCAUUUGGAUGGACGAUGUGACAUGUACAGGAGAGGAGACUGACCUGUCCCAGUGUCAUCAAAGGGGCUUUGGGAUCCAUGACUGCAGCCACAGUGAGGACGCGGGUGUGGUGUGUGAAGGUAAAGUCUAAACUAGUCCUGACAGGCUUCUAAAAUGUGCAGUGGUUCUGUUUGUGUCCUCAGCUCUUUCUCCUGUGCGGCUGGUGAACUCGACAGACCGUUGCUCGGGCAGAGUGGAGGUGUACAAUAACAACCAGUGGGGCACAGUGUGUGACAAUUCUUGGGACCUGAAUGAUGCUGAUGUGGUGUGCAGGCAACUGGACUGUGGCCAGGCGCAAUCUGCACCUUUAUCUGCAGCUUUUGGUCAGGGCACAGGACGCAUCUGGCUGGACAAUGUCACCUGUUCGGGAUCUGAACCAUCAGUAACAGACUGUCAGCACAAUGGAUUUGGAAAUCACAACUGUGGUCACACCAAAGACGCUGGUGUGAAGUGUACAGGUAAAAACAACACGGUUCUACCCACUCCUGGGUACAACAGUGGCGGGGUGGAGGGAGAGGUGCGCCUGGUCAAUGGAGGGAACAGCUCGUGCUCUGGACGUGUGGAGAUCUUCCACCGGGGGCGGUGGGGCACAGUGUGUGACGAUUCCUGGGACCUGAAUGACGCUAAUGUGGUGUGCAGACAGCUGGACUGUGGUCGGGCGAGAGCUGCACCUUUAUAUGCAGCUUUUGGAGAGGGCACAGGACACAUCUGGCUGGACAAUGUCAACUGUUUGGGAUCUGAAACAUCACUCACAGACUGUCAGCACAAUGGAUUUGGAAUUCACGACUGUGUUCACAAUGAAGAUGCUGGUGUCAUUUGUGAAGGUGAAAACGACCUACCCAUGACUCCUGGUCCUUCUCCAACUUACAACACCACCUCCACCACCAACACUACAACCCCAACCGCCAACACCACCACCAUCCGCACCACCACCACCACCAUCCGCACCACCACCCCAACCACCACACCCACCACCACCACCACUACCACGGUGGAGGGAGAGGUGCGCCUGGUCAAUGGAGGGAACAGCUCGUGCUCUGGACGAGUGGAGAUCUUCCACCAGGGGCAGUGGGGCACAGUGUGUGACGAUUUCUGGGACCUGAGUGAUGCUAAUGUGGUGUGCAGGCAGCUGGGCUGUGGCCGGGCGCAAGCUGCACCUUUAUAUGCAGCUUUUGGACGAGGAACAGGACACAUCUGGCUGGACAAUGUCAAAUGUCGGGGAUCUGAACCAUCAGUAAGAGACUGUCGCCACAAUGGUUUUGGAAUUCACAACUGUGAUCACAGUGAAGAUGCAAGUGUCAUUUGUAAAGGUAAAAACAACAUGGUUCUAUCCACGACUCCUGGUCCUUCUCCAACCUACACCACCACCCCCACCCCUCCAGUGCGCCUGGUCAAUGGAGGGAACAGCUCGUGCUCUGGACGAGUGGAGAUCUUCCACCAGGGGCAGUGGGGCACAGUGUGUGACGAUUUCUGGGACCUGAGUGACGCUAAUGUGGUGUGCAGACAGCUGGGCUGUGGCCGGGCGCAAGCUGCACCUUUAUAUGCAGCUUUUGGACGGGGAAGAGGACCCAUCUGGCUGGACAAUGUCAAAUGUCGGGGAUCUGAACCAUCACUAACACACUGUCGCCACAAUGGAUUUGGAAUUCACAACUGUGGUCAUAGUGAAGACGCUAGUGUUGUUUGUAAACCUAAACUUUUUAAAACUACCUUUUGA